UGUCGGCGGCCGAGGUGAAGGAGGUGGCAAGGAAGACCACAGCCACGACGGCCUCUGGAGGAGAGCGCGGCGGCGGCGGCGAUUCUAGGCGGCCCAGGCGCCGGGGAGGAGGAGGAGGAGAAGGAGGAGGGUGGCGGCCGGGCUUGGCUUCGGCUCCUAGAGGAGUUGGCGGCGGCGCGACCCGGGGAACCGGCAUUGAUGUCCAGCUCGCCGCUGUCCAAGAAACGUCGCGUGUCCGGGCCUGAUCCAAAGCCGGGUUCUAACUGCUCCCCUGCCCACUCUGUGUUGUCCGAAGUGUCCUCAGUUCCAACCAACGGAAUGGCGAAGAACGGCAGUGAAGCAGACAUAGAUGAGGGCCUGUACUCCCGGCAGCUGUAUGUGUUGGGUCAUGAGGCCAUGAAACGACUUCAGACAUCCAGUGUACUGGUAUCAGGCUUGCGUGGUCUGGGUGUGGAGAUUGCCAAGAACAUCAUCCUUGGUGGGGUCAAGGCUGUCACCCUUCAUGAUCAGGGCACGGCUCAAUGGGCUGACCUCUCCUCUCAGUUCUACCUACGGGAGGAGGACAUUGGUAAGAACCGCGCUGAGGUCUCACAGCCCCGCCUUGCUGAGCUUAACAGCUAUGUUCCUGUCAACGCCUAUACUGGGCCCCUGGUGGAGGACUUUCUUAGUGGUUUCCAGGUAGUGGUCCUCACCAAUACGCCUCUGGAGGACCAGCUACGAGUUGGUGAGUUCUGUCAUAGCCAUGGCAUCAAGUUGGUGGUAGCAGACACACGGGGCCUAUUUGGGCAGCUCUUCUGUGACUUCGGAGAAGAGAUGAUUCUCACAGAUUCCAAUGGAGAGCAGCCACUCAGUGCUAUGGUUUCUAUGGUCACCAAGGAUAACCCUGGUGUGGUUACCUGCCUGGAUGAGGCCCGACAUGGGUUUGAGAGUGGCGACUUUGUCUCCUUUUCAGAAGUACAGGGCAUGAUGGAGCUUAAUGGAAGUCAGCCCAUGGAGAUUAAAGUUUUGGGGCCCUACACCUUUAGCAUCUGUGACACUUCCAGCUUCUCUGACUAUAUCCGUGGAGGCAUCGUCAGUCAGAUCAAAGUACCCAAGAAAAUCAGCUUCAAAUCUUUGCUGGCCUCCCUGGCAGAGCCCGAUUUUGUGAUGACAGAUUUUGCUAAGUACUGUCGCCCUGCACAGCUGCACAUUGGCUUCCAGGCCCUGCACCAGUUCUGUGCUCAGCAUGGUCGGCCUCCUCGACCCCGCAAUGAGGAGGAUGCAACACAGCUGGUGGCCCUGGCACAGGCAGUGAAUGCUCGAGCUACACCAAGGGUACACCAGGAGAGCCUGGAUGAGGAUCUCAUCCGGAAGCUGUCCUAUGUGGCUGCUGGGGAUCUAGCCCCCAUAAAUGCUUUCAUAGGGGGCCUGGCUGCCCAGGAAGUCAUGAAGGCCUGCUCCGGGAAAUUUAUGCCCAUCAUGCAGUGGUUGUACUUCGAUGCACUUGAGUGUCUUCCAGAGGACAAAGAAGCCCUCACAGAGGAAAAGUGCCUUCCACGCCAAAACCGCUAUGAUGGGCAAGUAGCCGUCUUUGGCUCAGAUCUGCAAGAAAAGCUAAGCAAGCAGAAGUACUUUCUGGUGGGUGCUGGGGCCAUUGGCUGUGAGCUGCUCAAGAACUUUGCCAUGAUUGGGUUGGGCUGUGGAGAUGGUGGAGAAAUUGUAGUCACAGACAUGGACACCAUCGAGAAGUCAAACCUGAACCGACAAUUUCUGUUCCGCCCCUGGGAUGUUACGAAAUUAAAGUCAGACACAGCUGCUGCUGCUGUGCACCAGAUGAACCCCCACAUUCGAGUGACCAGCCACCAGAACCGCGUGGGCCCUGACACUGAGCGCAUCUAUGACGAUGAUUUCUUUCAAAACCUGGAUGGGGUGGCUAAUGCCUUGGACAACGUGGAUGCCCGCAUGUACAUGGACCGCCGCUGCGUGUACUACCGUAAGCCGCUGCUGGAGUCAGGCACUCUGGGCACCAAGGGCAACGUGCAGGUGGUGAUCCCCUUCCUGACAGAGUCAUACAGUUCUAGCCAGGACCCACCUGAGAAGUCCAUCCCCAUCUGUACCCUGAAGAACUUCCCCAAUGCCAUCGAACAUACCCUACAGUGGGCUCGGGAUGAGUUUGAAGGCCUCUUCAAGCAGCCUGCAGAAAAUGUUAACCAGUACCUCACAGACCCCAAGUUUGUGGAACGGACGCUGCGUUUGGCAGGCACCCAACCUCUGGAGGUGCUAGAGGCAGUGCAGCGCAGUCUGGUGCUGCAGCGGCCGCAAACAUGGGCUGACUGUGUCACCUGGGCCUGCCACCACUGGCACACCCAAUACUCUAACAACAUCAGGCAGCUCUUGCACAACUUCCCUCCUGACCAGCUCACAAGCUCUGGAGCCCCAUUCUGGUCUGGGCCUAAACGCUGUCCACACCCGCUGACCUUUGAUGUCGGCAAUCCGCUGCAUCUGGACUACGUGAUGGCUGCUGCCAACCUCUUUGCCCAGACCUAUGGGCUGGCAGGCUCUCAGGACCGAGCUGCUGUGGCCACUCUUCUCCAAUCUGUGCAAGUUCCCGAGUUCACCCCCAAGUCCGGUGUCAAGAUCCAUGUUUCUGACCAGGAGCUGCAGAGUGCCAAUGCAUCUGUCGAUGACAGUCGUCUAGAGGAACUCAAGGCUACACUGCCCAGUCCAGAAAAGCUGCCUGGAUUCAAGAUGUACCCUAUUGACUUUGAGAAGGAUGAUGAUAGCAAUUUCCAUAUGGAUUUCAUUGUGGCUGCAUCUAACCUCCGGGCCGAGAACUAUGACAUUCCCCCUGCAGACCGGCACAAGAGCAAACUAAUUGCCGGGAAGAUCAUCCCAGCUAUUGCCACAACUACAGCAGCUGUGGUUGGACUUGUAUGUCUGGAGUUGUACAAAGUGGUACAGGGACACCGACAGCUUGACUCCUACAAGAAUGGUUUCCUCAACUUAGCGCUUCCAUUUUUUGGGUUCUCUGAACCCCUUGCUGCACCUCGUCAUCAGUACUAUAACCAAGACUGGACAUUGUGGGAUCGCUUUGAGGUACAGGGGUUACAGCCUAAUGGUGAAGAGAUGACUCUCAAACAAUUCCUUGACUACUUUAAGACAGAGCAUAAGUUGGAAAUCACCAUGCUGUCCCAGGGGGUGUCCAUGCUAUACUCUUUCUUCAUGCCAGCCGCGAAGCUCAAGGAACGGUUGGAUCAGCCGAUGACCGAGAUUGUAAGCCGCGUGUCGAAGCGAAAGCUGGGCCGCCAUGUGCGGGCGCUGGUGCUUGAGCUGUGCUGCAACGACGAAAGCGGCGAGGACGUCGAGGUCCCCUAUGUACGAUACACCAUCCGCUGAUCCCCACCCACUCCUGUAGACUGGCCAAGCCCCCCUCUCCUGACCCCUCCCAACCCAGGGCUACCAUUUGGUCUCUGGCUGUGACCCAGCUAGCCAAGCCCAGUAUUCCCACUUUGUCCCCCAGCCCCCCACUACCUAAACCUCUCUUGGCCGCCGCUUUCUACCUUGUUUGGAACCUGAACCUAAUAAAGAGUUAUUAACCCA